AUGUAUUUCUUUCCAAAUAUAAAAAGAUCAAUCUCUGACAGAGCAAUUGAUUCUAUUAUUAUUACACAUCAACAUGCUGCUUUGAUAGCAUCUUGGAUAGAUGGAAAAAUAGUUACUGAGGAACAAAUACCAAAUAACAUUUUUCCAAUUUCAUACUAUUUCAGUUUUAUAUUUUCAUUAGGAGAAGGUAAAGUAUUAAGCGAGGCUAAAUUAAGCAGGGUUAGGAAAGAUUGUGUUGGGGAUGCUAUACAACUUCAUGAAAAACUCGGACCUUCUUUUGGAUUUUAUGAAUUAAAAAUAAUUGACGAUGCACAUGAAUGUGGUUCUAGUUAUGCAUCAGGUGGUUUACGUUAUGAAAAUAAAAUAAGAGAUAAGGGUAAUUAUUUUGGAGUAGACGAUUAUGAAGUUUUUCAAGUGUUAAAAAAAUAA